GUUUACACCAACAGAAAACAUCACUUUCCUCUACUUUCCUUCUACUGCUUCCCUCAAAAAAAUACCCCUCGGCGCAUUGAAACCCUCCUCUGGGUCAGCACUUUGCCGACGUGUGUGCGUGUUUCGGUGGUUGUGUGGUGUGGUGCAGGGAAAAAGUGUGCACCGCAUUGGUAAACGAAAGCGAAUAGAUGAACACUUGAAGAACGGUGCAAAGAGCCCGCGAAAUGCAACAGACAGUGGGUGUUUUCGUGCGCCACUCGGCCCGAUGGUCACUGGUGGCUGCUGGUGGACCGGGUGCAGCAUACCGUGCGAGUGGUAGCCGGGAAUGGUUGCGAUUACGGCAGCUGCAUCGACUAGCGCAACCGACACUGGGAAGCCAGCGGCAGAGCAACCGUCCCUUGGCAACACUGGCGAGCAAGGCGAAGAAGGAGAAACAGAAGAAUGCUGCCGCGGAUAAAGCUGCUGCACCGGCCCCAGCAUCGGGUCAAGCAUCGGGUGCCGCGCAAGAAAUGAAGGACGGACCGGAAUUCAUUGACCAUCGUAUCAAGAUCUACGAUGAGCUGAUGGCGCAGUACAAGGAAGAGCUGGAGAAGCGGGAGAAAACCCCGAUCAAGGUCACGCUGCCGGAUGGCAAGCAGGUGGAUGGGUUAAGCUGGCAGACGACCCCGUACGAUGUGGCACGCGGCAUUAGCCAGGGCUUGGCCGACAAUACGGUGAUUGCGCGCGUCAACAACGAGCUGUGGGAUUUGGAUCGUCCGCUCGAGGGUGACUGCAAGCUGCAGCUGCUCAAGUUCGACGAUCCGGACGCACAGGCCGUCUUCUGGCACAGCUCGGCGCACAUUCUGGGCGAAGCGAUGGAGAAGCGCUACGGCGGCCACCUCUGCUACGGACCGCCGAUCGACAACGGGUUCUACUACGACAUGUUCCUGGAGGGCAGCGGCAUUUCCAACCAGGACUACGGUGCGCUCGAGUCGGAGGUGAAGCGCAUCGUGAAGGAGAAGCAACCGUUCGAGCGGCUGGAGAUGAAGAAGGCCGACCUGCUGCGCAUGUUCGAGUACAACCAGUUUAAGGUGCGCAUCCUGAACGAGAAGGUCACCACGGAGACGACCACGGUAUACCGGUGCGGUCCGCUGAUCGAUCUGUGCCGCGGUCCGCACGUGCGCAACACCGGCAAGGUGAAGGCGCUGAAGGUGGUGAAAAACUCGGCCACCUACUGGGAGGGCAAGGCGGACGCGGAAACGCUGCAGCGCGUGUACGGCAUCUCCUUCCCCGACCCGAAGCAGCUGAAGGAGUGGGAAAAGAUCCAGGAGGAGGCGGCCAAGCGCGACCACCGCAAGCUGGGCAAGGAGCAGGAGCUGUUUUUCUUCCACGAGCUGUCGCCCGGGUCGUGCUUUUUCCAGCCGAAGGGUGCCCACAUCUAUAAUACGCUGAUGGGCUUCAUCCGCAGCGAGUACCGCAAGCGCGGCUUCCAGGAGGUCAUCUCGCCGAACAUCUACAACGCGAAGCUGUGGCAAACGUCGGGCCACUGGCAGCACUACGCGGAGAACAUGUUUUCGUUCGAGAGCGAGAAGGAAACGUUCGCGCUGAAGCCGAUGAACUGUCCGGGCCACUGCUUGAUGUUCGACCAUCGCAAUCGAUCGUGGCGUGAGCUGCCGCUGCGCAUGGCCGACUUUGGCGUGCUGCAUCGCAAUGAGCUUUCCGGUGCGCUGACCGGGCUGACGCGUGUGCGCCGGUUCCAGCAGGACGAUGCGCACAUCUUCUGCAUGCCGGACCAGAUACGGGAGGAAAUUACGGGCUGUUUGGACUUUUUGCGCCACGUGUACACCAUCUUCGGGUUCACGUUCAAUCUGGUGCUGUCGACGCGGCCGGAGAAGUACCUCGGCGAGAUAGAGGUGUGGAAUGAGGCGGAAAAGGCACUGGCCGACUCGCUGGACAAGUUCGGCGAGCCGUGGAAGGAAAACCCGGGCGAUGGGGCGUUCUACGGGCCGAAGAUUGACAUAACGAUCAUGGAUGCGCUGAAGCGCAACCAUCAGUGCGCCACGAUUCAGCUCGACUUCCAGCUGCCGAUUCGCUUCAACCUGAACUACAUCGACGACAGUGGGGAGAAGAAGCGACCGGUCAUUAUUCACCGGGCGGUGCUCGGCUCGGUGGAGCGUAUGAUUGCCAUUCUGACGGAGAAUUACGCCGGCAAGUGGCCGUUCUGGCUGUCCCCCCGGCAGGUGAUGGUGGUGCCGGUUGGUCCGGCCUACGACGAUUAUGCGGACCAGGUGCGACAGCGGCUGCACGAGGCAGGAUUUAUGGUAGAGGCCGAUCUGGAUGCGGGCGAUACGAUGAACAAGAAGAUUCGCAAUGCGCAGCUGGCACAGUUUAACUUCAUUCUGGUGGUUGGCGAAAAGGAACGCAGCUCGGAAACGGUCAAUGUGCGCACACGCGACAACAAGGUGCACGGCGAGGUGACCGUCAACGAUCUGGUCACCAAGCUGUCCAAGCUGCGCGACGAGUAUGCACGCGGUGAGGAUCAAUUUUAAGCGGAAUUGGCGACCAUUUCUCCCCCGGAAGCAUUUAGAGAGCGCUAACGUCGCGCAAUUGCGCAAUUGUGUUUGCCGCGCAAAACGUGGCCGCGUAAAUUAGACAGGGUCUGAUAAUUCUUUGAUUUUUUUUUCUACGUAAGUUAUUGCUCAUCAUUCGUUCUGCUUGGCCCAUUCUUAUUCGCGCUACAGAUACUGAAAUGGAAUAAAAUUCGUUCUAAAAUAUAAAAAAU